AUGCCUAGCACGGUUGGAAAGGCUGCGGUCGCGUGGGAGGCCAGCAAGGACCUUGUCAUCGAGGAUAUCCAGGUUGCUCCCCCAAAGGCCCACGAGGUCCGCAUCGAAAUAUAUUAUACUGGUGUUUGUCAUACAGAUGCAUAUACUCUUUCCGGAAAGGAUCCUGAGGGAGCAUUCCCCAUCAUCCUGGGCCAUGAGGGUGCGGGUAUUGUCGAGUCUGUCGGCGAGGGCGUGACCUCUGUAAAACCUGGUGACCACGUAGUUGCGCUCUACACACCUGAAUGUAAAGAAUGCAAAUUCUGCAAGUCCGGCAAGACGAAUUUGUGUGGAAAGAUCAGAGCCACUCAAGGAAAAGGCGUUAUGCCUGAUGGCACUUCCCGAUUCACCUGCCGCGGCAAACAACUGCUACACUUCAUGGGCACUUCCACUUUCUCUCAAUACACGGUUGUUGCAGAUAUCUCCGUUGUAGCUAUCGCUGACAAAGCUCCAAUGGACCGGACGUGUCUACUCGGGUGCGGUAUCACCACUGGCUACGGCGCGGUAGUUGUUACCGCUAAAGUAGAGGAAGGCUCAAGCGUGGCUGUGUUUGGUGCUGGAUGCGUUGGCUUGUCCGUAAUUCAGGGUGCAGUGAAGAACAAGGCGGGCAAGAUCGUCGUCGUCGAUGUUAAUGACAAGAAGGAAUCUUGGGCCAGGAAGUUCGGGGCCACGGACUUUGUCAACCCAACGAAGCUUGGUGGGAAGAGUAUCCAGGAGGAGCUCAUUGAGAUGACUGAUGGUGGAUGUGAUUAUACCUUUGACUGUACGGGCAAUGUUGGUGUGAUGCGUGCUGCCCUUGAAGCUUGCCACAAGGGAUGGGGUCAAAGUAUCAUAAUCGGCGUUGCUGCAGCAGGUCAAGAAAUCUCUACCAGACCAUUCCAACUUGUUACCGGACGUGUAUGGAAAGGUUGUGCGUUUGGAGGCAUAAAAGGUCGCAGUCAGCUUCCCGCGUUGGUCGACGAAUACAUGACUGGCAAGCUGAAGGUGGACGAAUUUAUCACUCAUCGUGAAAAACUCGAUGGCAUAAACAAGGCCUUCGAGGAAAUGAAGCAGGGAGAUUGCAUUCGGUGUGUUGUCGAUAUGAGGCAGUAA